AGAUUGUGUCAGCUGACCAGCGGUCGACCAAUCACAGAGCAGCUCGUGACGCUGUAAACAGCCGCGGACGCGCGGAGCGACUGUCAGAUGCGCGGAGCUCCAGACACACAUCAUGGCCGGAGAAAACACAGGAGGACUCUGGGACUCGCUGAAGAAAGCUGCUUUUGUCAUUGGAUCCGGGCUGUUCUUCCUGGUCGGGUUCAGGAACUCAGUGACAUGGCAUCUGCAGAGGUUCUGGGGCGCAUCGGGAGAUUUCUGGCAAACACAGUGGACCAAACUUCACCAAGCCUUGGGUGGAAAUGAGACGGCCUUGUUUUUUAUCGGGACCAUGUUGGUGCCAACGCUGGCUUUCUGGAUGUUUAACGCGCUCCUGAUGUUGGUGGACACGACGGGAAAGCCAAACUUCAUCACACGUUACAGGAUUCAGCCUGACAAAAACUCUCCGGUGGAUGCGGCGCGGUUACGGCACGCGGUGAAGACGGUGCUCUUUAACCAGGUGUGUCUGUCAGUUCCUGUGGUGGUGCUCACCUAUGUAGUGAUGAGGUGGCGAGGAGAUCCGUGCGGCCCGGAGCUGCCCACCUUCCACUGGGUGCUGCUGGAGCUGGCCGUCUGCGGGUUGAUCGAGGAGAUACUCUUCUACUACACACACAGGCUCGUUCACCAUCCGGCGCUCUACAAGAGCAUCCAUAAGAUCCACCACGAGUGGACGGCUCCUGUCGGAGUGGUGGCGCUCUACGCUCAUCCGGUGGAGCAUGUGCUGUCCAACAUGCUCCCGGCUCUGAUGGGUCCGGUUCUGCUGGGCUCACACGUCUCCACCACCAGCCUGUGGUUCACCAUCGCUCUGCUGGUCACUACGGUCUCUCACUGCGGCUACCACCUGCCCCUGCUGCCCUCGCCCGAGUUCCACGACUACCACCAUCUCAAGUUCAAUCAGUGCUACGGAGUGCUGGGAGUGCUGGACAGGCUUCACGGGACGGACGGGAAGUUUCGUAACGAUAGAGCGUACGAGCGGCACACGGUCCUGCUGGGCUUGACCCCGCUGAGGGAGAGCAUCCCUGACCAUCCCAAGAAAGCCCAGGAAUAGCCGCGCUUCACCUCGUUCCGUGUACAUAAACACUAAUGAACUGAUCUCCGUCUGAUUCCCUCAGAUGACCCGCUGACAUGCACAGAGACCGUUCAUCACAUCAUCAGUUCCUUUUAUUGUUCAUCUUGUGUCACUUCUCAUAUCGUGUCACAUUAGCAUUAUUGCACAUUAAAUGAUUUUAAUUCUGUAUUUUAACACUGAGCUCUAGUAAUAGUUUUUGGAAAUGAUCGUUGUACUGUUUCUGUCCCUGAUGAGUCCUGACAUCAGUUUCUGGAGUUUAUCCUCAAACCUCACUCAUUAAAGCUGAUCUGCUGUA